AACUGAAAAAUUAUAUUAAAAAAUGAGAAAGGAAAGAAAGGAAGAAAGAAACAGAUCAGACAAAGCAGCCUCUUUUCUCCUUCAUCUUUCCCUGGCUAAAGUAUGUACUGAUUGCUUGUGAGAGAGAUACAUGGUGCCUAUGGCUGCUAGUGCUAAUCCCUCAGGCGCAGGGAAUAAUCAAGAAGGGGCGUCCCCUCAGAAGAUUCCGUCUUCUAAGGCCACCGCUGCUGCCAAUGGCGUUCCUGUAAAUUCUACCAAAAGUGGGGGUAGUAAUUCCGGAGCUUCCGCUGCAGCUGACAAUUCGCAAACGGAGGCCGCCUUGAGGCACUGCCCUGGUAUUUCCACUGAGUGGACUGCCGAGGAGCAGUCGCUUCUCGAGGAUUUGCUCAACAAGUAUACCUCAGAAUCAAUGGUUCAACGGUAUGCCAAGAUUGCUCUCCAGUUAAAGGACAAAACGGUUAGGGAUGUGGCACUGCGUUGUAGAUGGAUGACUAAAAAGGAAAAUGGUAAGCGAAGGAAAGAGGAUCAUUCAGCUAGGAAAAACAAGGACAGAAAGGAAAAAGCUGCAGAUUCUUCAGCUAAGUCAUCAUCUCAUUUGACACCUCGCCCUAAUGGUCCUUCAUAUGCUCCCCCAAUGAUCCCUAUGGACAAUGAUGAUGGCAUCUCUUACAAAGACAUUGGUGGUGCAAGUGGAGAGCUUCUUGAGCAAAAUGCUCAAAUUUUAAGUCAAAUUUCAGCAAAUUUUGCAUCUUUUCAGAUACACGAUAAUCUUAAUCUCCUCAGCAAAACUCGGGACAACAUCCUUUCUAUCUUGAAUGACUUGAAUGACAUGCCAGAGAUAAUGAAACAGAUGCCUUCACUUCCUGUGAAGGUGAACGAAGAGCUUGCCAACUCCAUCCUUCCCCCAUCAUCACAUCAUAUUAAAUCAUGAUGCCUGUGUGCUGAUGAUGCCUCUGAAUUUUGCCCUCAAGUUGGGAUCUCUUGGUUGAAUCUGAUCAGAUAAACUGCUCACUGGAUUCAAGUUCUGUCAUUUGAGAAGAUCCAAAGACAUUUAAAUUGCCCAUGGUUUCAAACAUUUGAAGAACAAGGAGUAUUAUUUGUUUAUUAACAUUUAAUCUCUAUUAGGGGGGGACACUGAUUUUAGGAAAUCAGUUGUAGUAUAUGUAUAUAUACUUAGCUGCGUAGGGGGAUUUUCACUGAAAAAACAAUUCAAACAAAAACUAUUUGUUGGAUUGUUUUCAAUGGAAAAUAAUAAAUAGUUGAUGGAUUGCUUAUAUCCA